UGAGCUUUUUUAUCAGAUGAGACAGCCACGAGGGCCACAAAACGACACUGUGACUUGUAAUAUCACCAUAACAAUGAACGUUUUCUUGUAAUUGACAAAAAAAAAAAAUGAUUUGUCAUUCGUUAUAAGAAAAAUAAAUAUAUACAUUUAUAUUUAGUAAUACCGCUGAAAUUAAUACAAGUGUCAAGUCUUUUUAUAAAAAAUAUCUACCAGUGAUUUAACCUAAAACAUAUUGAUUAAAACUUUACUAUAUUUGUAAAUUAAAAUCUUAUACAAUAAUUAUGGAGAAACACAAUUUCCCAGUUUUGAAAAACGACAGAUUUUUAAAAGCUGCAAGAGGUGAAGAAGUUGAUAAGAUACCAGUAUGGAUAAUGAGACAAGCUGGAAGAUAUUUGCCAGAGUUUCGCGAAUUUCGUACCAAGCACGACUUUUUUUCCAUAUGCCAGACACCUGAGUUUGCAUGCGAAGUAACUCUGCAGCCUAUAAGAAGAUUUGAUCUUGAUGCCAGCAUUAUUUUUUCUGAUAUACUCGUAAUCCCGCAAGCCAUGGGAAUGACUGUAGAAAUGAGAGCCGCAGUGGGUCCAGUGCUACCGCAACCUAUCGCCAGUCCCAGUGAUAUGGCGCGACUGAAAAAACCAGAUGUAGAAAAAGAUCUAGGGUACGUUGGAGAAGCUAUUACCUUAACAAGACACAAACUAGAGGGUAAAGUUCCUCUGAUCGGAUUCACCGGUGCUCCAUGGACACUGAUGGGCUACAUGAUCCAAGGAGGAGGAAGUUCUACAAUGGCGCAAGCUAGAUCUUGGUUUUAUAAAUAUCCCCAAGAAUCUCAUACACUUUUGCAAUUAAUUACCGAUAUUAUUAUUGAUUAUCUAGUAAUGCAGGCUAAAGCCGGUGCUCAGGCACUUCAAGUAUUUGAAAGUCAUGCAGAUUAUUUGAACGACGAACUUUUUGAAACUUUUUCACUGCCUUAUCUCAAACAAAUCAGUGAGAAAGUAAAACUUAAACUAGAUGCAUUGAACAUUCCUAGAGUUCCAAUGAUUGCAUUCCCCAAAGGCGCAACAUUAAAUUCAUUAGAACGUCUUGCAAAAAGUGAAGCUUACGAUGUGAUAGGAAUUGAUUGGACAAUAGAGCCAUCAGACGCAAGGACACGAUUGACAAACGUUACUGUCCAAGGAAACAUGGAUCCAUGCGCAAUGUAUGCUAACGAAGAGCAAGUCUAUGAACGUGCAAGAAAAAUAGCAUCGCAGUUUGGAAAAACUCGUUACAUUGCUAAUUUGGGUCAUGGAAUUCUUCCAGACACGCCUAUUCCAUCAGUCGAAGCUUUUAUUCGCGGGAUACAUUCGGUGUGAUUUAGAUUGUGAAAGUAGCAGACGAAAAUAUUUUUUAUUUGUAACCAAACAAAUUAGAUAUUUUUAUAAAGAAAUUUUUAAAAGUCAUACCAAGAACUUUUUAAAAUUUUUAUACCCGUAUUCAAAUUAUUUUUCUAUAUCGUCUAAUUUGUUUAUAAAAUUUUUCUGACGUCUGUUAUUUCCAGUAUCAUUAAUUUGGUUUAUGGUUUUAUUGUUUGUGAUAUCGAUAUUUGUUUUUUGAAUU